AUGGGCUGCUUCACGCUCUCCGUGCAGCGGUCCCUGCUCCUCCACACCCCGCAGGAGAGAGUCGCGUCGCCCAUGGAGCCGUUCCUCGUGUCGGGCCUCCACGACGCGGUACGGCUCACCAGGUUGAGGCUCGCCGAGGCGACGCUCCCCGGCACGGACUCGCGGGAGUUCUUGAACCGCAUGUUCGACAUCGGGCGUGCCACGGUCGGCUGGUCGUCAACUCGUUCGCCGACAUCGAGCAGAGGUACAUCAAGCACUACGAGAAGACUACCGGGAAGCCAGUGUUCGCCGUCGGGCGGUGCCGAGGCACGCGGCUGA